AUGUAUAGUAAUAGUAGUAGUAAUACUACCGGUCAAAAUAAUAACAAUAACAAUGAUUAUAGAUUAAGUGAUGGAGAAGGCGAAAAUGACAGUGCCAUCGAAAUGAAUAGUAUACAAAACAAUGACAAUGAUUCAUUAUCCGAUCAACAAAGAGAUCAACAAUCUCUAUUAGAUAAACAACAGCAACAAUCACAACAACAACAACAACAACAACAACAAUCACAACAACAACAAAAACAAAGUGAAACGUAUGUAAUUAUAGGAACACCAUUUAAAUAG